AUGUUAAAAUCAGAAUCAACAUCAACAGUAAAUCCAAAAGGAGAUAGUGAACUUUGUCGAAAUGCUUGUGGAUUUUAUGGUAAUAAAAUAUGGGAUGGAUUUUGUAGUAAAUGUUAUCGUGAAGUGUAUCAACAAGCAAAACAAAUUCAAGAAGUUUAUGAUGAAAAAUCAACUAAUCCAGCAUUAGAUGGUACUCCACCACCAUCCGGUCAAUCGUCUCCAUCAUUUUCUAAUUUUCAAGAAAAACGUCGUUCUAACAUCAGUAUGCGUAAUCCUCUUCGACAGAUGGUAAAUCGUGCUGGUGGUAGUCUUCGUUCAUCAAAUAACUCAGUUAUAUCAUCAUUAAUGACCGAUGAACAAGCAUUAGAAAAUGAAGCAGCAAGUAAACAUUUAGAUAUCAUGACAACAGACGAUGCACGUCUUGAUAUAAAAUCUCAAGUCAAAACAUUUGCAACUAAUUUUCAUAAAAAAUGUACAAAUAAAAAUGUUAAUAUCGAUACACUUAUACAAGAAUAUGGAGCAUUUAAAGAUUCAUUAAAAAAACGUAUACAAACAAAUCCAAUAUAUCGAGAUGAGAAUGAAGAUUUACUUCUUCGUGUUCGAGAUUAUGUUGAAAAAAUAAUCUUUUCACGUAACUAUGCAUAUGUAUUCAACCGUAUUAGUAUAGCAUGUGAAGAAAAAGAUUUAUCAAUACAAAAUCGUAUAUCAUCACUUCAUUGGAUAACAGCACCAAUGUUAGAUACAGUACUUAAUGAAAAUAUUCAUACUGCUCAUGAAGCUAUUUAUAAAGCUAUGAAUGCUUUAAUUGAACUUGAUCCUAAAACAACACCACAAGGAAAAAUUCAUUCAAUUAUGGAAUGUAAAUCAUUUAUUGAAGAUGCUAUACGUGCUAGUAAUAGUAGUAGUGGAAUAAAUGCUGAUAGUUUUCUUCCAGCUCUUAUUUAUAUUGUAUUAAAAGCUAAACCACCACGUUUACAUUCAAAUAUACAAUUUCUAAGUCAUUUUUCCCAACCAAGUGGUGAACAACUUUAUUAUUUAGCUAAUCUUGAUUCUGCUGUUCGUUUUAUUGAACUUUUACAAGCUGAACAUCUUGGUUUAUCGUCCGAUGAUUUUUCAUUAUAUAUGCGUGGUGAACCGGUAUUACCUUCAAAAUUUAUUUCUCUAUUUGAGUCUUCAAUAUCAAAUGAAACUAAUAGUCAACAAUUAAGAAAAAAUUUUACACUUUAUCAUGAACUUGAUCAUCAUUGUGAAAAAUUUGAUGAAAAUAUUUUUGAUUUCAAUCGACGUUUAAUGCAAACAGUCAAUGAUGUACAAACAUUAUUAAAAGAUACAUAUACACGUUUUCCACAUAUGGAAAAAAUUCCUCAAUUAAUCGAUAUUGAUAAUACUGAACCUAUUGAACCUAUAUCAAGACCAACAAUAAUAAAUCAAAAAGAUAUUGCUGAUAUAUUCGAUCAAUCAACAUCAGAAAUUGAACUAUUACCACAACCAUUAGAACCUGAAAUAAUAUCCCAACAACAAAUAAAAAAUGAUAAUUAA